AUGGCAACGGACAAAGAGUGUGCGAUUGUAACCGGAGGCGCUCGAGGUAUUGGUCUGGCGAUUGUACGAAGGUUGGCCUUGCGCGGAAUCAAUGUCCUGAUCGCCGACAUCCGCGAUGAGCUCGGGAGAGAAACGGCGCGCACACUGGCAGAAGAGUUCAAAGUCGAGGUCGUAUACCAUCAUGCUGAUAUGACCAAAGAAGACGACAUCAAAGGCAUGGUGGACGCGGCAAUACAGCGGUGGGGUCGCCUGGAUUGGGCGGCCAACAAUGCCGGCACCGGCGAGCUUCUGGAAGACCAUGAAGACCACAUGACAGGCGCGGAUUUCGAUCGGCUCUACGAAUUAGACCAGCGAGGUGUCUGGCUGUGCCAGAAGUACGAGGCGGCAGCGAUGCGGAAGCAACCUCUUCGCAUAGCUCACGGGUCGUCGGCAGCGUUUGGAGCCGUCGAACAACGAGGUGCAAUCGUCAACAUCGCCUCAAUCUGUGGCCAUGUGGCCAUCGGUAUGCCCUCAUAUACGGCUGCAAAACAUGCCGUCAUCGGCAUAACCAAGACCGGCGGUUUGUUCUAUGGGAAGUUUGGAAUACGUUGCAACUCGAUCUCUCCGGGGACCGUCCACACCCCCGAGUUCUUCAGCUGGUCAAAAACCUUUGAGAACGACCCUCGGUUUGCUGAGCAGGCUUCAGGCUGGAGCAACCGCUGUCCCCUCCACCGACCGAGUUCAUGCGAAGAGCAGGCCAACGUCGUCAGCUUCUUGCUGAGUGGGGAAAGCAGCUUCAUCAACUGUGCCGAUAUCAAAGUGGACGGAGGCUUGACCGCGGUGGCAGACAAGUAA